AGCAGAGUAUGAAGAAGAUAAAGGGAAAAUGCUAUUUCCCUCAGACAAUAACACAAGAAUAUGAAGCAAUCAAGAAGCUAGACCAGUGUAGAGACCAUACAUACAAAGUUCAUCCAGAUAAGACCAAGUUCACAGCCGUCACUGAUAGUCCUGUGCUGCUGCAAGCCCAGCUCAACACGAAACAGCUCAGCGAUCUGAAUUACAAAGCAAAACAUGGUGAGAAGUUUAAGUGCAAUGUACCAGCAGAUGCUCCACAGUUUAUCCAACACAAAGUCAAUGCCUAUAACUUAAGUGAUAAUAUCUACAAGCAUGACUGGGAGAAGAGCAAAGCGAAGAAAUUCGACAUUAAAGUGGACGCCAUUCCCCUGCUGGCUGCCAAGGCCAACAGCAAGAUCGCCAGCGAUGUGAUGUACAAGAAAGACUAUGAGAAAAAUAAAGGGAAAAUGAUUGGAGCCCUGAGCAUUAAUGAUGACCCCAAGAUGCUGCACUCUUUGAAGACGGCCAAAAACCAGAGUGAUAGAUUAUACAAGGAAAACUAUGAGAAGACAAAAGCGAAGAGCAUGAACUACUGUGAGACCCCCAAAUAUCAACUUGACACUCUGCUGAAGAACUUCAGCGAGGCCAAAUACAAAGAUGCAUAUGUACAGAAUAUUCUGGGACAUUAUAUAGGCAGCUUUGAGGACCAUAUCAAAUUCACUGCAUGAAAGUCUCAGCUCAAAACAGUGAUAAAAAUUACAAAGCAGAGUAUGAAGAAGAUAAAGGGAAAUGCUAUUUCCCUCAGACAAUAACACAAGAAUAUGAAGCAAUCAAGAAGCUAGACCAGUGUAGAGAC